ACAAAACCUGCGGCUAGAAAAACAAAAGCAACACACAAAACACUUCGUAGCAAUGUAGUUCAAAUUGAUUAAAUGUAUAAAUAAGCGUGGAAAGUGUCAACGACAGUAGUACAAACAAUGCCGAAUAAAAUGGUUAAGAUAUUCUUCAGUGGAAAGUGAAAGCUGCUUCUGUGAAAUGUUGUCACCGGCGAUUUAAAGCAAAGAGAUAAAAAAAUAAAACAAUAGCUAAAAACGCAAAAAAAAAAAGAGAGACAAGUUAUGCUAAUUUUUAGUAUGAGCUGCAUUGCAUUGCGAAAUGUAAGCCAAAUUUGCACAUGACGAAGCCAAAUAACGAUUUUGUUAAAGCUUUGUUAAAUGAGCGGCAACAGCAACAAAUUGGCCAAAAUGCGUCUGCAACAGCGAUUCAACAACAACAAUAGCGGCAGCAGCGGCAGCUCGAUAACAACACAAACUAUGAUUGGAAAUAGCAAUAACAACAACAAUAACAGCAACAGCAACAACAUGAAUAUCAGCAACAACAAAGUACACAAUCAACGCGCCAAGAUAUUAAACCUCAUCAAUCGCAACAGCAACAAUCACAACAAUAACAACAGCAACAAUAGCAGUAACGGUUUCUUCAAGCUGCGCAGCACAACAAAACCAACGCCAACUACAACAACAACAACAAAUAAUAAUAAAAACAGUUGCAACAGUCCCAUGCAACUGGAUGCUGCUGAUGAUGAUGAUGAGAUUAUUGAAACUCUGGAGGAAACCACAACAGCUGUGGAACUUCGUUCAACGGCAGCUGUUGCCAUUGGAGGUAGUCCUGGUUCCGGUUCCGGUUGUGGUUCCGCAACUGGUUCAGGCUAUAACUCUCAGUAUCGUGCCUACACCACACUAAGGAGUAACUCCACAUCGGCCAUUUUGGCGGAGGCUGUUGGUCUGUCCGGACUAUUGGGCAACACUCCCAGCAUGUUGUAUGCCCGCCCCCGCACCCUUAAUGUCCACAAUAUUUGCCAGACGCCAGCACAAAUAACGCAAAUGUUUUUUGGAGAAGUCCUCAAUGCCUGGAGAGCCAAGGCACGUUGUAAUGUGGUGCCUGACGAGCGGACACAGGAGCUUUUUCACGAGCUAAGCUUUCAUCCUAGCCAAAAGCAGAUUUGCGAAAUGCUGCAAACGGCUAAGAAAGUGGCCCGCAAAGGUCGAGGACAGUCAAAUGGUUUGUCGUUUGGACAAUUUUGUGUGCUUGCUGCUGAUUUGAAGCGUUUUCGCACUUCAACCAUAUCGAAUGCAUCAAACUACUGUGAUGUUAAGUACCAACAACUCUCAAGCUCUCUGCUGCCGCAACAGGAUGAUGAACACAGCUCCAAUAAAACGCAAAUGCAUUUGCAAGCCGGCAAUGCCACCACGUCCAAUACAACAACACCUGCCCCCCCACCAAAUUACAAUAAGAAAUCGGAGAAUUAUGGCACAGAGCUACGCAGUACAAAAUCCUUCAGCAGUGUCGAUGAUACCAAGAAGAAAAAGAAUGCAACUAAUGAACCCGUUGAAGUUUUCCUUGGCGGCUCCUGCAACCCAACUACAUGGCGUGCGGAUGUUGCAAUACCCGCACUCAAGGAGCUCGGCAUUUCAUUCUAUAAUCCCCAAGUAUCCGAUUGGACGCCCGAUCUCAUUGAACUCGAGCAUCGCGCUAAGGAAAAGGCCCGCGUAUUAUUCUUUGUUAUGGAUUCGGAAACACGAGCAUCUGCUGGUGCCAUCGAGGCGGCACACAUAGCGGGUCAAAACUGCAAGCAGCUAGUGUUGGUUUUGCAUCCGUAUAAACCAAAUCAGAAGAUCCUCAACGAGCCUAUUUCGCAUCAAGAAUACCUCGAUUUAAAUCGCAAUCAAUUGAUACUUAAGGAGCUGGUCUCCCGACGCGGCUUGCCAGUGUUGGAAAACAUACCGUCCGGUUUGCAGCGAACCAAGGAAAUCCUAUCCGGAAUUAGGGAUCCACCGUCCAAAAUAUCUUCAAUAUUAGAUACCGUACGCGGCGCAUUUGAUCGCGUUAAUCCCCAAAGCGAACUACUCACUGUGGAACAGUGCAAACGUGCUCUCUUAUUUUUAGGCUAUGCUCAGAGUUUAGUUAAUUUAGAUAAUCUAAAUAAGAUAAUAAUCAAUCAACGCGAAUCAUUGAAACUGCUACAAACGCAAAGUACAAAGGCUGGCGAGGAUAACGAACAGCAGAAGGACCAGGAAGAGGGCUGCAACUCCAAGCCGGCCAGGCCAAAUCAAGAGCUCAUCGAUUUCGAUCUAUUCUGCGUCAUCUCAGCGUAUCUAUCGGUAUUACAACAGGAGAUACAUGAAAGCGGUUGCAUAUCGCCCAUUAAGGGUACAAAUGUGCCGCCGCCGCAGGUUUACUUUACCAAUGCUCCCGAUGUGGACAUCUAUUACUCGGCCAGCAAAAAUAUCUCACGGACUUCGAGCAAUGCCAGCGUUCCAUCGAAUAGCAGCAGCGGCAUUGGACACGAUUUGGAGCGUCAGAAUUUGUUUGAGCAGCUGAGCCGUAGUCGGGAUAGUGGCACCUCAUCACCGCAGCCGAGUAGCAGCAUGAUGACAUUAGGUAAAAAAGUACAGCCACAAAUCUUGCUGAACGUCGAAUCGAUUGAAACAACCGAAAUAAUCACCACCAAAACGAUAGAAACCAAACCAUUUACGGCUGCCAGCAGUAAUGUGACGACCGCACCCGCCGAGGAGGAGGAAAGUGAUUCCAAUGACUCUGUCUUCUCCAGCAGCAGUUCCAUAGCCAGCGCUGGUGAUGCUCUCUGCUGUUCUGGCUUGGAUUUACGUGAUGUUUAUCUCGGCGGAAGCUGUGUACUCCGCACCAAAUGGCGUCAAAGGUUGGCAAUGCCAUAUUUGCUGGCCAAGGGCGUAACGUUUUACUCACCCGCACUCCACGAGAGCAUACCACAGGUGUCGACACAAGAGCAACAGGUGACAGGAGCCACAACAUCCUCACAUGAGCAGCGACCCCAGGAGCAGCAGCAGCAACGAUCGUUUGUGCGCACUCGUCGAAAGUGUCGCGGCAAUCAACUGCAACUGGAGGAGCAGGAGGAGCUAACCGUUGCCGAGGAGUCGCUCAGCUGGUCACUACCUCCAAUGCCCAUGCGCCAGAAUCUCUAUAAUCCGGCACUCCUGGACUCCAGUCGUGUGCUGCUCUUUGUCAUCACCAAUGAGACUCGUUCACUGGCACCCAUGACCCUGGCAGCACAUUGCAUUGGACUCAUGUACAAUGUGGUGCUGGCCGUUCAAAUGCUGCCCGAGGAUUGUGUGCUGGGUGGUGAGAAUCUGACGGUCGCAGCCAUCAAGGACUAUAAUCGUGGGCGCUCGUAUCUCAUUGACCUGGCCAAGCGACAAGGCGUGCCCGUCUUCAAUGACAUCCAGGCUGCGCUGGAGUGCACCGUGGACAAGGUGCAGGCGUAUAAUAAUCGAGAGCGUUGCUAAAUCCGUACCUGUUUCAGUUCCAGCACGUGACAAUUUAAGCUACAUUUUAUAUUUAGUGCAAUUUAUGUUGUUUUUUUUUACUCUAUAACUGUAGCUAUAACUCUUAAGAAAAUUACCUAACAAGUGUGUCUUAAUUGUGUUUAAGUCUAACCAAAUUCUAUGCUAUGCUUAAUCUAAACUAAACUUUGCUAUAUCUGUAAUUACCCCCCCACUAUGCUAAUUAAUAUACGUAUACGUAAUUUACCAUUAACUAUAUAUAAAGAAAAGUGUAAAACAAAUAUGUCGUCGCCCAGAAAGCGCAUUUCAUAAACAAGAAAGCAUUAUGCUUUAUUCUAAUUUAUUAUUUAUUAAACAUACCAUAUUGUACAUGUUCAUGCUGCUAAAUGGACAAUUUGUAAAUAUAUUCGUACAACAAGCGAGUAAUUUUAGAACCUAAUUCAAAUAUUUUAUAUCUAGUGAGCAUACCAUAAACAAACUUAAAUUACAUAGAACUUUAGUGGUCCACUGUACCCAGUUAGCAGGCAAAUUAUCUCAAUAAAAAAGUUUUUCUAACAUAAA